AAGAACAACUGUUUGGCCUUAUUGAUGAAUUCUACAUUCUUUCCUCUAUUCUAUAACACAUCAAUUUCUGCUUUUUUUUCAGAGUUGAAUAGUACUCAGAUUAAAAAAAAAAAUUCCCUUCCUCUCCUGAAGCCUGGAAUCUUUGUUUAGGUCUAUUCUUAAGGUCGGGAGAAAGACGAGGCUUUCUACUCCCUUAAAAAGUUACAGUCUCGGAAACGCACAGGGGUUUCUACUGUGGCCUAUAAGGUCGCUGAGAGUCAGAAUUAACUCAAUGGCAAUGAGGUUUUUCUUGUUGGUUUUUUUUUUUUUAAUAGGUUUACCCAAGUUUCGAUUUGACUAAUAAGCCUCUGACCUAGGACCAAACCCUCAGCUGAAUGUACAGUCAGGUCUGAACCACAAUACACUGCUGUGUGUCCUGUGAUCCUCGAUCAGUUCCCACACGUGGUGAGGGUCUGUGAUUUUGCUUGUUUGAGUGAGAGCUUCUCGUGAGGCGUUUCCGCGUUCUCUAGUACUGUCUUCAGAGCCGGUGUGCUGUGGCCCAAGGUGACUCACCACUGGAAGGGAAUGACUGGGAUCUAUCUCUUCAUCACAAGAGCCUGUGAACUCACAUACCAGCUCAGGAGGUGCUCCUGGUUUGCAGUUUGCAGCUCAGGUUAUCGCUAAGGAACAGGAGGACAGACAUUUAGUCAUACUUCACUAGCAGAUUGUUGAUAAGGAAGAAUGGCUUCUGAGAGGACCAUCUGUACUCGUCUGUAGUAGAAGUGAAGCUCUAGGCACCAAACACCUGAGGCUGCUUUCUGAGGGCAUGUUCUUUGUUUGUCUGGUUUUGGUCUUUUCACCCUAGGAUGGCAUUAGCUCUAUGUCUGCAGGUGCUGUGCAGCCUGUGCGGCUGGCUCUCGCUCUACUGUUCUUUCUGCCACCUGAAUCCGCACCGAAGCUAUGAGUGGAGCUGCCGCCUGGUGACCUUCACCCAUGGAGUCCUCUCCAUAGGCCUUUCCGCUUAUAUUGGCUUCAUUGAUGGCCCUUGGCCAUUUACCCACCCAGGCUCGCUGAAUACACCUCUGCAAGUACACGUUCUCUGUCUCACGUUGGGCUACUUCUUCUUUGACCUGGGCUGGUGCGUCUACUUCCGGUCUGAGGGUGCCCUGAUGCUGGCUCACCACACACUGAGUAUUUUGGGCAUCAUCAUGGCCCUGGUGCUUGGAGAGUCUGGCACAGAGGUCAAUGCAGUCCUCUUUGGCAGUGAGAUCACCAACCCCUUGCUGCAGCUGCGCUGGUUUCUCCGUGAAACGGGCCACUACCACAGUUUCCCCGGUGACGUGGUAGACUUCCUCUUUGUGGCCCUGUUCACUGGAGUGCGGAUUGGUGUAGGCGCACGCCUUCUUUUCUGUGAACUGGUCUCCCCCAAACCCAAGUGGUUCGUCAAGGUUGGGGGAGUAGCAAUGUAUGCUGUGUCUUGGUGCUUCAUGUUUAGCAUCUGGCGCUUUGCGUGGAGGAAAAGCAUCAAGAAGUACCAUGCCUGGAGGAGCAGGCGGGGUGAGGAGCGGCAGCUUCAACACAGCGAACUUCUCAAGACUCGCUAGCCAAGGCUGCUCCAGCCAUGGGUUGGGUUAAGCAGCCUGGGGGACCGGGUUGAGGUCUUGGAAUUGGGCUGAUAAGAAAUUGAGGUUACAAGAAAAGGGCUAAAUGCAAUUGCUUUGUGAGGUUAGUCUUUGAGCCAAGCCUAUUCCAGUAUUAAAACACUAACUUCUACCAGUGGCACCUUGGUCAGCAGUGAGACCACUGAGUGGUGGGUUUACGUCAGAACUGCCUGAGGCACUACGGUGUACAUUUUAGGAGCCCUGGUGGCAUAGCAGUUCCACGGUGGGCCACUAAAUGCAAGGUCAGCAGUUUUAAAACAGUCUGCUCUGAGUAGUCCUGUGAAGAAUGACAGUCUUGGGAACUCUUAGGAACAGUGCUACCCUGCCAUAUAGGGUCACUUGUGUGUCAGCAUGUCCUCGAUUCGAGCGAGUUUGCUUUUGAUUUAGUAUCAAUUUCAGUUUGUGCUAACUCCAGGCCCUUUUUCCUGAGAGGCUUGGCGUUCUGACAACUUAGAAAGAAAGUUGAGAAAAAUUAGUGCUAUUUUUUCCUUGUCCCUUUGAGAAGUGGCUCCUUCAACAAAAGCCUGGUCGCUUGCUUUCCGUGUAGUCAUGUCAAUAAGUUUGCCUCAUUUGCUGUAAAGCGAGGGCUUCCAGGAAGAUGCAUGCCUUUGGCAUUCUAAGCUGUGGCUCAGGGAAACCAGGCUUGCCCUCUGCUUAAACAAAGGGGGCUCAAGGGAAAUGGUGGUGGUGGUAGCAGGGUACUUGCUGAACCCUCCCAGUCCCGGCGGUCUCAGAGCACCCCCAAAGCACGCGUAGCUUGGGUCAUUUUCUGGGAGCACUCACCGGGCUCAGCCUGCAGCUGUAUUCAAGGACCGGGAUUUGCCACAGCAAAAGGAUACAAAGAAAAUUGACUAAGGGAACAGGGGCAAGCGGUAAGGUCCAGGGGAAACCAAGCUGAAGCUUCCAGAAUCCUCUCCCAGUAGAGUCCCGCUCGAGGCGCUCAUACCUUCCUCCAGCAUCGCAUUGGGGUGGCAAGUGUGAAAUGUUGACACCCAGGCGAACUCUCUAGAGACUCAGUGGACAGGGGUUUUAUCCGGGCUGAUGGCAUAGGAACCUGAGCCGGGCACAUACCAAUGUCCCAGGUUCGGGGAAGGAAAGCAGGAAUGCGCUGCCAGCCAGGUGCGCACCCGCAGUCUAGGCAUAAGUAAGCCAAUGCUACAGGUUCAUGGUGGGGACUCUUGCGCACUGAAGUUCCCGAUGCUGGCGGACUAGCCUUUUGCAACCUUACGAGCGGGUUUGGAAUCAGGUACGCUGUCUUUUUGCACAAGAAAUAUAGCCAGCGAUUUGAAUGGGAGAUGAAUGUGGUGGGGGCAGAUUUACCGAGUCUUGCCGUACAGGUUCUGCCCUACCAGGAAAAGCCUAUGGCAGUUCUCGGGGCUUUUGUGCAUUAAUCUCCUAGGCAUGAGGGGCCGGGACUAAAUUCCAUAGGGAUUUACUCUGCGGAUUCCACUGUGCUUGAGAUGAUAGUUUAGGUUUCAGUGCGGCUGUACCUUCUGCAAACUAGAGCCAAAGACUAAGGGUCUGUGUGUGCUGGCCUUGCGGUGAUGAGGCGACUUUUAUUAUUCCUUCCAGUUUCGUCCCUUCCAGUCUUUUCCUGGCUUUUUCCUUCUUAAAAAUGGUGGCACUCUAUGGACAAAGUAUUGUGACAAAGCCUGUUCUGGAGCGUAAACAUCGCGUCAUGCAGCAGUCUCCAAUUGCAGCUCAGGGAGCAGAUAUCAUAACCUUAGACCAGGAGGUUAAGGAUACAUUCCUGCGCUAGAGGCCAAAUCUGUGACCCAUUUACCCAAUGAGCUGGGCAGGCUGGGUGUUGAACUCUUUGGCCUGGUGUGAAUGAAGACCAUCUGUCAUUGUCUAUUUCAUAGGGAGUAUGGAUCCCCACUGCGGCCGAGCUGAUUGCAACUCACACAGACCCCGCAGGACAGGAGUGCCGAUGAAGGUCCCCCAGGGGAGCAGA